AUUAAGAUGCUAGCAGAGGUUCGAAAUAUGCUCAAGAGUAGUAGAAAGAAGAGGUCAAAAUUUUUGAAUGACCCUGAUAAGAGGCAAAGACUGCUCAAAAAGCUAGGCAAAGAAUUCGAUCAGCUCUCCUAUGAAUAAAAUAUUAUAUGCAAGAGCAGGAAGAUAAAGGAGCUGAAAAAGCAGAUUAUCAUGAUAACAAGUCAAACUCUCCAAUUCGCAGUAGAAAUAACCAGCUCCAUUUCAAAGAGAACAACUCAAGAUAUGCUCACACUCGGAACAACCUGGUCUUUGAUAUCUACAACAAAGAAAAGAACGAGGUUAGCAAAGGAAUCAAGGAAAUUUACCCAAUGCUUGUUCAGAAAGCUCAAAAGAUCCAAAAGGAAUCAAUGAACAGCAUAAAGCUUCAUAUAUUACUCAAAGAGAAACGUAAAAUCGAAAUCGAGACUCGGAUACAAGAAAUACAGGAGAAAGUCAGAGAGAUAAACCAGAUCGAUGCUAUUGAAGCCAAGCAGAAAAUAUAAUAAAGGAACAAGAAAUUGCAAAAGAGGAAAAGAUAGAUAAGUCCCCUCCAGAGAAAAUAGAUAGCCUUAAAGAAAUGUAUCACAAAUUUCAAGCUUUACGCAAGCUUGAGCCUAAAAAGAAGAAAAUCAGAAAGAUCAACCAAGACCAUUUAUUUAAACUUUCAGCUCCUUUACAAAGUCGGCUAGGCAUCAGAGAGACCAAAAACCCUGUCAACAAAAGUGUGCAGAAGACCUCUGCUCUAAAAAUCACUGUUUCGAAGGAAAAUAAAAGAAACAGUAGAGCAAGGAACCAAGUUUUGAGUGGGGUCAAGUGAAAUACUAAUUGCUCAGCAGAGACUGUCAGGAAGCUGAGAAAAAGUAGAGAUGAAAGUUACUUUAAAAAUGCAGAGAAAAAGAACUUUUCCAAGACUUUUGCAAAACCUGUAAUUUCAACUAGAAAUGCCUUCCGAAGCUCCAAAGAGCUUGGCCAAGACGUUAUGAAACGCUUGCAUCAGAGCAUUGAAAGGAUUUCUAACAAGCCUCUUGACAAAGGUCUCGACUUGAAUUUGAAUAUUCCAACAGAUUUAGAAGCCCAAAAACCCUCAAAAUCGCCUAAAAAGUAUCUUGAAAUCACUCAGAACCAGAACUGUCUGGACAAAAUAAUUACUCAAUGUGACACUGAGGCCAAAAGGAGCUACAAGGACCAAAAAGUGUACUUCCUGGCUGAAGAAAUCAAAGAAAAUUACAUCACCCAAGGCAUGGAAAAAUGAUACAAGCUGAUCAACGAGUGCAACGAUGUUCAUAAUAAAUCAUUUAGAGAUAUGUACGACUGGAAGAGAGGAUGACUCCACCUUGAAGAACAGAUGGCAUUUGAUGUGUGAAAGGAGUACAAACAUUCCCUAGGAGAUCCAGCUCGGAUGGUCGCAAAGAUUGAAGCAAAGAUCUUGACAGGUAAUAAUGUCAAGACUAAUAAAAAUCAAAAAAUUGCUAGAUUCACUCGUCAGGUUGAGAUGAGAUCCUCAGCUCAUAAAGGUUAAAUUUAAAUAAAAAAUGGAUUCAA